AUGUAAAACCUAGAAAAGCUAUUGAUAGCCGCCCCAAAGCAAUAUAGAUUCUAUUUAAUAUUGCAUCAUAGUUUGAAUUUAAUACAUGAAGUGUGCUUUUGCUUAUAUUAUCUUGAUAACUUGAUAAAUGGUAGAUUGCCAUUCACAUUGGCAUGGUUUAGAUGCUCAUAUUUAUUUUUGAUUUUUAUACUUAGUUUAGGUGCAUCUAUUCUUUAAGUAUUAAUUAUACCUUAAUUAAUUACUUUAAAUUAAUAGAGUAGAAGAGAUUUUAUAAAUGCAUUUAAAUUAUUGUUAAAAUAGAAAUUGAUAUCAUAUAUGACUAAAACUCAACAAAUUAUCAAUUUUCUAUAAAUAUUUGGAUUAGGAUUGAUGAUUUGGGAUAUUUUUAUUAAUUAAAUUGAAGAAAUUCAAGAUGUUAUGUAAAAUUAAUAAUUUAUUAUUAAUAGUAAUUUUAUAAGAUAUUCAAUUUCUAUUAGCCUUAUAAAAUACUUUGUCAUUGAGUACUUAUUAGAUAAAAAUCUUUAGAAAUCAAUAUUAUAGAUGGAAUAAAAUUAAAUCAUUAAAGUUUAUUAAUUAAAUGAAAAAUCAGAAAAAAUUAAAGAAGUAUGUCCAAUAUGUUAUGAUUCCUUCAAAUCAAAAGAUUUUAUUGCUUAAUAUUUAUGUCCAGGAAAUCAUGAAUUUCAUAAAGAAUGCUUAAUGAAAUGGUUAUAAAUGCCAUAUAAUAAAAGAAAAAUAUGUCCUUAUUGUAAAUAAUAGCCAUUAAAUCAAACUAAAGACUUUUUAUGA